AUGUCAUUCGUUUCUUUGACUAAAGAAAGAUUACAAAAGUUGAGGGACCAUGGAUGGGAUAACUUUUGCAAUAUUGUAACUUCUUUUUGUGCUAAACAUGAUAUUGAAGUUCCUAAUAUGGAUGAUUUGUAUGUUUCUCUGGGAAGAUCGAAACGCUUCUUUGCCAAAGUUUCCAAUUUGCAUCGCUUUCGGGUUGAGAUGUUAUUUAGUGUCAUUGAUUUGCAACUUCAAGAUAAUAGGUUUGAUGAAGAAAAUAUGGAGUUGCUUAUUUGUAUGGCAUGCUUGAAUCCCGUUAAUUCAUUUUCCGCAUUUGAUACUCAAAAGUUGGUUAAACUUGCCAAAUUUUAUCCAAAAGAGUUUCCAGGUAAUGAUAUGACAAGGCUUCGACAUGAACUUGAGUUCUUUUAUGAUGAUAUGCGGAAAGAUGCAAGGUUUGAAAACUUGAAAGAUAUUAAUGAACUUUCUAUGAAGCUUGUUGAGACGGGUAAACAUACUUCUUAUCAACAAGUUUACUUGCUUGUAAGACUAGUAUUGAUCCUUCUGGUGGCAACGGCAAGCGUGGAAAGAGUGUUUUUCUCAAUGAAUAUGUGA